GGCGGACCAUGGGACCUGGCAUCCUGAUUCUUACUUUUUGGAUUCUAUACAUAUCACUGGGUGAAUGCUGUACCGGUAAUAUUCGUCCUUAUGUGGACAUUAGAUGUUAUGUAUAUGUACGGGGGAACCAGAAUUUUCUCAGGCCAUGUCCUCCUGUGACAUAUCUGAAUCCUAAUACAUGUGUUUUAGAAAACAUACCAACCCAUACUUUCAUAGAUCGGAGGCCGGAAUGUAAUCGAGCGCUGUUUGGUGAAACUAUCCAAGUUUCCAGCGGACACACUCCCCACAGUUCUGGUGGAUCAGGGGUUAACCCUUCUGUCCAUAUGUCUGCAACACAUGUAGAUCAACAUAAUUUAUGCCUCCAUAAUCACUCAUAUUACCGAGAUGUUUUUAACAAUGCAGAAAGGGAGAACUGUCUUUCACCUUAUUCGGUGUUUAAACAAUUGGAUUACCUGCGAAAAACCGAUCAUAUUUGUGCGACAACAUUAGUGAAGAAAAUGGCAGGUCUUAAUCUACCAAGCUGUACAUGUUUAAAUAGACAUAUAUUUUAUCCAUACCAAAAAACAAAUAUCUAUGACGCAAGUUGUAGACAAGACCAUCACUUCCAAGUGAUAAUGAACACGUACCUCACUAAUCUACCUUUCCAUCACACUGGUGCAACCAUAAAAUGCCAGACUCGUAAUAAAGUCUGGGAAGAUCUUCUCCGCAUAAGCAAUAUGAACACCCGAUGCUUAGAUGAUUUUAUCUCUCAUAUGCACGCUGCUUAUGAGCAUAAUCAUGAUCCAAAUUGCUAUCAGGCCUGCCAAGGUUCUCCCCAUGUUUCUACGACUACAAAGACAACAAAGGGUGCAACACAACCUUCCACAGCAACUAUUACGACGACAACAUCCACAACAACAGCACCAUCACCUUCAACAACAACCACCACCACUCAACCUACGACAACAAAUUCACCAUCGACAACAACAACAACAACAACAACACCGUCCGUAACUUCAACCACAAGUAAGCCUUGUCCCUCUUGCGAUGAAAACUUAAACUGUGUUUGGAACCAGACCUGCUCAGCAUCAGAAUCCUGCAUGGUGAGGGCUGCAACAGGCCACGGAUUUCAAUUCACUGUACAUUGUAUUCCAAGUCAAGACUGUCACUUCAUGACCACAUUUUUACACAACUCAGAAAUCUACUGCUGUGAUGAUAGAGAGUGUCUUAGAAAAUAUCUUGGGAUGUAGACUUUAUUUAUGUUGUUUCUGCUGUAAAUAAAAUAUGCAGG